GCACAGCACAGCACCAAUCAACACCACUCGAUCAAGGCAUGCUCUCCUCAAUCUCAUCCUUCCGUCUGCUUCGGCUAUCCUCAGCAACACUACCUCGGAGGAACUACUACUCAGUCCUAGCCCCAACCGAGCCCAGCCAACCCUCAUCAACUGAUCCCUCGCAAACUGAGACCGAUCGUCAACAAUCGAAUUCGAUCGAAGAUUAUGUCACCCAACUGGCUGGAUCGAGCUCCUCAAUCAGUUCACCCGUCCGCCCGCCUCAAUCUACUAGCCAGGCUAAAGAACUCAUCCAUAUCCCAGCAAAUCCUGGCUGGGCUAUGAGAGCCCAUCCAGAGCUCUACGAUCCACCAGUACUCAAACCAACCCAUCGGAUCCAUGUUGCAACGCUGGUGAUCGAAGCCUAUAAUCCAGAAAAGGAACAACUACCCCUCGUUGCCGGUUUUGCUCUCCAGGCCGCCUAUCAUCUCGGUAUACCCGUCACCCGACCGGCCGCCAUGCCGAUCAAAACCGAGCUACAUACCGUCCUGAGGUCUGGUUUCGUCCACAAGAAGUCUCAGGAGAACUUUUGGCGAUUGACCCAUCGGAGGGUCAUCAAAGCUUAUGAUGCGAACGAGGAAGUGAUCAACCGAUGGAUCAACUAUCUCAGGACGGAUGCCGUCAGAGGGACUAAUGUGGCCUUGAAAGCUCAAAGGUUCCUCUAUCGACCGAUCGGAUGGGGCAAAGAUGUAGACGAACUAGCGAGACGAGAACUCGAAUUAGAACAACUCGAGAAACCCAAAUCAACUAACGGAAGGAAGAAGUCUGCUAGAGCUCGAGCCAAUCUAUCAUCUUCUUCAACUCAGGCCGAACUCACCCAGGCCGAAGCGGUGAAAGCAUUAGCAGAACGACUGAUCAAAGAAGAACUGAUACCGAAGGCAGAAGCACAUGAGGCCAUGUUGGCCUCAACUGGGACCAAGGAUGGUAAAAAGAUGGCAGAGCUACAGAUCAAAGACUCGGAUAAUAAUAACAAGUAAUCAAUCCGUCUAUGUUUCCAAUAUUUGAACGUUCAACUUCAAUCCAUCUCCAUUUCAGACGUUUUUUUAUAUAUCUUUGUUAUUCUUGACUUUUCCUUUUCUCUUUGAAAGUGCAUACUGCGAGUUAUCAGAUAGAACAAAUUUUAGAUUCACUCUUAUCAAUGUUCAAGCAAUAUUCCAA